GGCAAAACAGGCUGAGUCCGAGGGGUGAUUCGAGUGUUUUCCGUCGUCAAAUGCGACGGUGCGGCCUUACUCUGGUUCUCGUCUCCUGAGCGUGUGAGCCACACAGCUUGAAGAAGGGACCUUCUGCAUCAGUGCAUGCAAAGGUUGGCGCGGGUGUCGAUCGUGUCCGAAGAAGCGCCGUGCUUUGUCACUCCCUAGUCGGAUCCUCCCAGCCUAACCUCUCGCCAACAGUGCGGUGGACGCUACGCUAGCUCAGUGUCUUGCGGUGCGUCGCCCACUCCGAGUAGCCGUCGCCGUUUGUUCCGUGCGACAAAGGAAAAUGUCGCCGCUCCACGUCUCCGUGGCCGUGCUGGCCGUGUUCGCCUUCGCGGCGUGCGGGGUGUCUGCUGACAAGGACAAGUUCAAAUGCAAGCUUCGGCCCGCUGAUAUUCCCAAGGAAUGGGUUUCCAUGGUCGAUCCCUGCGUGAAGAAGAUGAGGGAGCAGGUCCAGACCGAGCUCACCGCCUCCAUGACCUACCUCGCCAUGGCUGCUCACUUCUCUCAGGACACUGUCAACCGUCCUGGAUUCGCUGAACACUUUUUCAAGUCCGCUAGUGAGGAGCGUGAACAUGCCAUCAAGCUCAUCGAGUACUUGUUGAUGCGUGGUCAGCUGACCAAGGAUGUUGGAGACCUCAUCAAGGACCCUCGCCCCAAGGGUGAUGUCACUUCAUGGGUUGAUGGUGUCAGUGCCCUCAAGGACGCUCUCAAGCUCGAGGCCAGCGUUACCAACAACAUCCGUGACAUUGUUGCCGUCUGUGAGGACCCUGGUGAAAGCAAGUUCAACGACUACCAUCUGGUCGACUACCUGACUGGAGACUUCUUGGAUGAGCAGUACAAGGGACAGCGUGAGCUCGCCGGUAUGAUUUCCACUCUUGACAAGAUGAUGCAUUCCCAUGGUGCUAUUGGAGAGUUCCUGUUUGAUAAGAAGCUUUUGGGUUAAACUUCACCACUGUUUUUCCCAGUUUUGUUGGACUGAAAUAUGUUUCAUUUUGGGAGUUUUUUAUUCCUCUUAAAUUUUUAUGAUUAACUCUAUUCAAUUUUCAUAAUAUGCAUCACUAUGUUAAGGUUUCUUUUUUCUCAUCAGUCAAUAUUCUAGUUUGAUUCUGUGUACAAUUAGAUGUGCCAUCGUAUGUUUUACUUUGAAUUUGUCAAUUUUAAAUGCCUUUGAACAAGAUUAGCUUUAACAUGUUCAUUUUCACUCUGAAAACCUGGAGUGUUACUGAUGACAUGACUCUAUUUGUUCAACAGUAAGUUCAUUCACAGGCACAAACUUCAGUACAUCUUGAAACUAUUAUUAAUGAAAUGGAGUGUUUUGCACUUGUGUAGUGAGUAAAACUUUGUAUCCUGUGAUAUCCAUUGUGGUGAUAACAAUCAGUGCAACCAGUAUUCUAGCAACCUGGAUGACAUUGGAACCUUAUUUGUAAAUACCCAAACCCAAGCCGAGUGUUUCCAAAAUUUAAAGGCAGAACAAAAUUUGUUUACGUAAAGUAAA